AUGAUUCACUCCAACACUUGGUCCUUGGCAAAAAAGGGGUUUCGCGCUGGCGCGCUGAAGCCCUAUAGCGCCUUGGCCACAGCCAUCGUCCUCGUAGCCAUCCUCUUCUUCUGCAGCGCGCCUGGACUUUCUCAACCGGGACACCGCCAUUAUGGGCCUGGGCCGGGUGGUCCCCGCCCUCCAAUCUACGGGAGGCCCGGUGGCUAUCCUGGUGGGUUUCGCCCUCCAAUGGUCCACGGCCCCGGCUUUCGUGGCCCUGGAGGGUUUCAUGGGGUACGUGGUCCAUAUGGUCCUCCCCACCCUCAUGGUCCUGGUAGGUUUGGGGGAGGCCCGGGUCCUGUCAUUCCUGGUCCAGUGCACCACCCUCCGGGACCUCCAGGACCACCGGGACCCCAUGGCCACAGACCGUUCAACUACGGCUCUGCAUCUCAGUGGUCAAAUUUCGGACCCUCUUCGCAAUACCCUUCUGUGCCCAUGGCACCUCUCCACGGAGGACCAGGCGCCCAAGAACCUGGCGGGGAAGCUCUUGCGGCCGAGCCAACCCCGGAAGUCCCUCAUGUGUCCAACAACCUAUUCAACUAUAUGACACAAGACGAAGAAGGACUUACACACCAAGCCCCAUCGUCAAAUGAUGCCUGGUUCGCAUCCAACCCUGAGAGCUUACAGGGUGAAUCAGCCACCGCAACAGGUAUGGGUAUAGAGGAGGAGCCAAGUGCAGAGAGCGACCGCGAAGACAGAGAAAACGAGGGUUUCUUGGCGAACAGGGCGAAUCCAAAGGAGGAAACCAAAAAAGAGGCGAAAAGUGAAGAGUCAAAGAAAGAGGCGUCAAAGAAAGAAGGGGAUGAGAAUGAGGAGGCGAAGGAACAACAGGAAAAGAAGGCCGAGGCAGCCAAAAAGAAGGCGGAAGCCCUCAAGGAGGCUGCAAAGGAGAAGAGAGAAGGGGAAAAUAGAGAAAAUGAAGAAGAAAAGAAGGUGAAUAGAGAGGAAGGCAAAGCAGAGGCCAAGAAGGCAGAGAAAGAAAACGAGGAAAAAGAAGACAGAGAAGCGGAAAAAGCUGACGAGAAAGAUGAUGAAAAAGAGGAAAAAGAAGAAAAGAGUGACCGCAAGUCGCACUCGAAAGAGUUCCAGAAGGAGGAGUCCUCCCGCAGUGAGGAGGAGUCCCACAAAGAGACAUCUCACAAACAAGAGAGAUCCCAGUGA